CAAGAACCUAAUGAGUCAACCAUCAGUCUUGGCAGUGGGCUCUGGGUGCACAGGAACAGCGUCGUUUGAGGAGUGUGUGGGCAUUGUUCAUGAGACGUUGGCCAGAGUCUUUUGUGACCGAGACAACUCUGAAGUGGAAGUCAGAUUUGGAUGUGAAUCUGUCGAGUUCAAAAGAGACUAUGCCAUGCAGAGAACGCUAGACCGCGGUCACAGGGUUGCAUGUUCAAAGACAUCACGUGCUUGAAAGACGAUGCGAAGCGGAGGUGUGUUUGCCAUUCACGUGCCUGCGAGAUUCCUGAGAUUGAUGGUUUUGCUGCUGGUUUUUCUUGCACUAGCUAUAGCCUCCUCAAUAACAAUGCUGCAAAGAACGCCACGGGAAUGGAACGUGCUCGGAAUGGCGACGCAGAAGGUGGAACAGUUGCCUCCGUCUCCACGUUCCAGGGGUGUGUUGACAUCUUGGAGGAGUGCACUCCGAUAUGGGCGUUAUUUGAGUUCGAUGGAAUCCAUCGAUCGGCGCGAGGACAACGUGCAAAGCAACCUGAAGUUUGCUUGGCCCGCAUUAGAGAGAUUGGCUAUGUUGCAAAGACCUACCUUUUGGAUUCACAGUGGUAUGGACUACCCCAAUCACGCAGGAGGGUCUAUAUUGUAUGUUUGUCAACGCUCACUCCGGAUGUGAGUGUCAGUCCUAAUGAUUUUUUCCAAUCAGUGCGGGCUAUUCUACAGACUUUGCAUAUGGACCCUCCUCCAAAGCAGAUGCCUUUUUGCUGCCAGAUGACAACGACGCAGUGCAGAGUUACUUGAAGCACCUUUCUGCAGAGCGUGAGAAGAAGGUUCAGGAGCAAGAGGAAUCAGAUGAUAAGAAAGACAAGCAUCCAUCGUGGGUUCAGCUACAUAUGAACCAAGCGGAGAAACGUGGUAUCACCUGGCCUUUGCAAAUUCAUCCAGAUGUUACUUCAAGUCCCUGGUUCAAGGUCUUGACAGAGCGAGCCCAGGAGGUGGUGGGAUUUGCUGCUGACGAUCGGUAUCGCCUGCACAAAGAGCUGACCUUCCUACCACUCCGCCAACCGCUAUGGCACAGGUCACCAAUCAGUGCCGAUUGUGCUUCCACGAUCAACCCUGUGGAGCUUUUCUAGGCAGAGGUUGGUGCUAGGGCGGGAGCCCAUGUCUUUGCAGGGUCUUUCAUGGAAUGCAGAGGAUCUCGAUGAACUCAACGUGCCUGAAACCCACUUGCAAAACUUUGCAGGCAAUUCGUUCUCCGGCAACGUGAUCAUGGCUGUCUGCUUUGCAGUUCUUGGUUCCUUGCGAUAUGCCACGGAGUCAGAGGCGGACGAGAACGAGGACAUUGACAGCAUGGUGCAGCAGCUUCGCAAGUUUCGCUCAUAAGUGUAGCAGCUUCGCAAGGCGAAGGCAAAGCCCAAAGGGCAUGAAUCGACUGAAUCGGCGCCUACCUUUUUCAAUCCAAUACGGAACAUGGAUUGCGGGCUGGGGUCAGUGAGUAAACAAUUCACUGCUUAGAAAAUGGCGUCGGAUUUGGUUUCUAAAAAACAGC